AUGGCAGAGGAUUUGAAAUACAGGCUUGAGAGCAUUAUUGGAAGUGAUGGCGCCACCUUUUCGGAAGACUUUGCCGUAGCUGGAAAGGCAGAGUUUAUAUGUGUGGAGGAUGCUAUUAACAAUUCUGCCUUCACUCUCCUGCUCCUCACCACCAACUUCAACAAGUUUCUGGAGUUGAAAACCAACUCGGCUCUGAUUAACUCUAUCGACAAUCCACCAAAAUACAACACUGUGAUACCCUUGUUGCCGCAAAGCAAAGCCAUGCCCAGAGAAGACAUCCCCAUGGUCAUCAAAACCUUAGUGCCGCUGGUGGAAAACAGAAACUUUGAGAGGAAAAUACAACAAGCAAUGAGUCGAGUUAAGAUAAAGCGUCAAAAAAAUGAGUGGAUGAAAGAAAAGAACAUGAAAAGCCUCAAGAAGAAGCAGGAGGAGUUAAAAAUCUCCAACCAGCAGCAACUAAAGGAAAAUCAGGAGUUAAGAAGUGUUCAUGUACUGGAGCAAGAGCAGCGAAUGCUUUUGAAUCAGAAGAUGUACUUUGUUCCAGAUCAGAGGGUGGAACCUGAUGGGAGACGUGGGUGGCAACAGCACCCAAACAUCAACAUUGAAAAUGCACAGUACAUUAUCAUUGGGGACCACUCUCAAAUGGCAGUGGACCUGAGCAAAGAGAGCAGGGACAAGGAUGGGAAAUGA